AUGGAGGAUGCUCAGCUGCGUAGACAUUUUAAAAUGAGUGAUGACAUGACAGGUGUUCUUCUAACCGGGAUAGAUCCACUGUCUAAUGCUCACAGAGUUCUGAAAGAACACGAUGUCAUUCUUGCAGUUGAAGGUUCUCCUGUCAGUAACAAUGGAAGAGAUUAUUUUCGGGGAAAAAAUUGGCUCCCUUUUACUCACUUGGUUGCUAUGAAGAAACCUGGUGAAACAGUUAUAGUUAAAGUCUUAAGAGAUGGAAAAGAGCAUGAGUUUAUGAUCAGCUUAAACUGCACAGUGAAGAAAGUGAACGGAGUGAAAGUGGUGAAUCUGAAGCAUCUAAGUGAGCUAAUAGAGAAAUGUUGCACCGAGGAUUUGAGGUUUGACUUAGAAGAGGGACAUGUUAUUGUUUUGAAUAAAAAAUCUGCUAAGGAAGCAACUUCGUUGAUUUUGGAACGUCACAAAAUACCAUCGGCCAUGUCCAGUGACCUUCAGGAAACAAACUCUGGCUAG